AUGGACUUGGAUUUGCACAUAAACUUUGAUGGAGUAAAAGAAAAAUUCCUAAUGUACGUGGAGGUUGGACUACGGCAAGUCGCCUCUCCCUCUCUCUCUCUCUCUCUCUCUCUCUCUCUCACCCUCUCGUUUAUCUCUACACUGAUCUCGUUCAUCUCUGCACCGAUCACUCUCUUACUCUCUCGUUGCUCAUCUGAUCGAUUCGCACCGAUCAUCGCACCGCCGAUCUACUCACAGGGGGAAAAGAUUGCCGUCGUUGUUGGUACCAUUACUGAUGACAUUAGGGCCCAUGAAGUUCCUGCCUUGAAGGUGACUGCACUGAGGUUCACAGAGACAGCGAGAGCAAGGAUUGAGAAGGCCGGUGGUGAGUGCCUGACAUUUGAUCAGCUGGCCCUCAGAGCUCCACUUGGGCAGAACACGGUAUGCAAUUUAAUUAUACUUGUUUUAUGCUUGCGCAAUUUGGAUUAGAUCAUGUAUUUUGAU